CGUGCAAUGCUCGUAAUAUGAUCACACGUAGUCUCAUUAAAUAUAAUAAUUAAUUAUUACUGAAUAAUUUAUAAUAUAAGAGUAAAUAAUUUAGUUAAAGUGAUUAAAAAUGUGGUACAAUUUAUAUCUAUUGGUCUCCAUGCUUACGUCGUUUUUGGAAACUACAUCUAUUUCAAUGAGGAUCAUCAACCAAAGUAUGUUCACACUGGACCGGAAUGGCGAGAUACUAGAAACUUCAAGAGAAACUAUAAAACCUACGAGCAUAAUUCGUCACUUUCCCGACUUUCGUCACUUUUCUAAAGUCACCAAGACAGUCAGCGAAAAAAAAUGCAUGGAAUAUGUUUACGAAAUGUUGAAGAGACAGGAAAACGAUAACUUGGGUCAUUCAGAUUCAAAAGAUGUAACCAUCAUAAACGGAAAAGUAGUCAAAGAGGCAGAAUAUCCACACAUGGGAGCCUUGGGCUGGUGGUCUGCGGCCGAAGAAAACAUAAAGCUGGUGUUCCUAUGUGGCGCUAGUUUGAUAAGCGACCGUUUUAUGCUGACCGCGGCGCAUUGUACGUAUAGCACUCGACGAGAUCUUGUGCAACAUGAACCAUAUCUCGUCAGACUCGGAUCUAGAUAUCUUGCACAAUCUCCCCAUGAAAUGCCGAAAGAUGUCAUUAUUAGUAAAUUGAGAAAUCAUCCAAAUUAUGUGCCCCUGCAUCACUUUUUCGAUAUAGCAUUAGUGGAAUUAGAACAAAAAAUUGCCUUUUCAAAAUUUAUUCAGCCUGCCUGCCUACCUAGCAGGCGCAACUACCUUGGUUCAGGCAAAAAAAUACUUACAGCAACUGGAUGGGGAUCCGUUAACGCCAGGAAAAGAGGUUACGCUCCUUCAAAAGAACUUAGAUCUGCAGAGGUUCACGUUUUUGACAAAGAUACGUGCAACUCUCUUCUAAACAGAUUUCGAUAUCGAUUCUGGAUGGGAAUAGAACCACAUCAAAUGUGCGCUGGUGAAUUGGACGGGAAUGCAGACACUUGUCAGGGUGAUUCUGGCGGUCCCCUGCAAUACGCACUAGUGAAUACCACUUCGGAAGGCACCAUUCACAGAAUAUUGUCUGUCACAUCGUUCGGACUAACUGACUGUGCAGUGGCGAAUGCGCCAGGGGUUUAUACAGAUAUUUCUUAUUAUAACAUUAUAGAAUGGAUUGAAUUAAAUGUUUGGCCGUAUGAAAAGAAGGAAAGGAAAAACGGGUUUCAAAAAGCUGUGCCACCAAUCAGGGUUCAUCAUCGUCAUAAUUGCCAGUGUUUCCUUGGCUUCGAGGCAAAAGUUGUCGUGGAGCGGGCCAAGGAUUUUAAAAGGCUGGCCCACUUAGUAGGAGGCGUUCCAGAAAUGAGACUGAGGAUCCCAGAUAAUAAUUUAAAAAUAAUCAUGCGGUGCGCAGGGGUUAUUAUAUCAACUUUAUUGGCAGUGGUACAUACACAAACUUCUAGCACUGAUGAAUUAGAAAAAUUCCUGUUAGAAGCAAUCCAAAGCAAUGAAACAUACUAUGAUUUUGAAGAUUCCAAAGAAAAGCCUUGUGACCCCGUUGUCAAUGAUAUGCCAGAUUAUACAAGGUCAGGUCGCAGAAUAAGCGAAACCAAAUGCUUGGAAUACAUUUGGGAAAUGGAAAAUAGGGACAAAGAAGCACUGUGGGCUCAAAGGUGUCGGAUUUAUCUCAUUUCUCAGAUAAAGAAGGGUGUAAUGCCUGAAUUUUAUUUUUUAAUAAACUCCCCGGUUAUAUUUGGUGGUCGAGCAGCCGUCAAAGGGGAGUUCCCUCACAUGGGAGCUAUUGGAUGGAGAUCAAAGAACGAUUCACCAAAAUGGUUAUUCAAAUGCGGGAGUACACUAAUAAGUGAGAAGUUUGCGUUGACAGCUGCUCAUUGCUGCAAGCUGUCCUUGAGGCACACUCCUGAUAUCAUGAACUCUAAGCCAGAAAUCGUACGAUUUGGUGUUGAGAACAUCGCUGACGAUGAGUUCAACAUAAAUGGUGAGCCAAACGACGUGAAAAUCAAACGGUUUAUCCGCCACCCGGGUUACAUACCACCGAAGAAAUAUAACGAUAUUGCUCUCAUAGAGUUGGACUCAGUUGUUCAGUUCAAGGGCAACGUACAUCCAGCAUGUUUGUGGCCAUAUUCUGAUAUUAGCCAUCUCGGUACAGAGGGCAUGUUAACUGGUUGGGGAUACACUGAAGACGGUAAACAACCAACACAGCUUCAAGCGGCAGUUGUAGACAUCAUUGAAUCACCAAAAUGCGACAGUAUUCUUGAAAUGUUCCGUAAUAGAAAUUGGGGUGGUUUCCGAGAGACGCAACUUUGUGCUGGAAAACUUGUUGGAGGUAUCGACACUUGCCAGGGUGAUUCCGGUGGGCCCUUACAAGUAAAGGUGCCAUUAAAGGCAGAAGGCAACAUGUACCAAAUCCUCGGCAUCACCUCCUUUGGCAUCAAAUGUGGGAAGAAAAACCGUCCCGGCAUCUACACACGAGUCUCCAGUUUCAUAGAUUGGAUUGAAGACACCGUUUGGGGACAAAACAAUACCGCAUUACAAACUGAAUCAUGAACGGCGGACCUAAGUUUAGCCGAUACAAAAGUCAACUGACCUUUAGAAAUAAUCUCGUACAACAAAAAUAAAAGUCCUGACUCACUCCUUAA